AGGCUGUCUCCCCUUGUGGGUGCAGUGUAGUAAGAGUCUGCUUGCACGAACGGCUGCUUGUUGACUAAUCCUGCAAGAACUGCAGCAGAAGAUCCAACAUGAUACCUUCAGUUACGCUCAACAAUGGAGCGAAGAUGCCUAUCGUGGGUCUAGGAACAUUUGUGGCAGACCAUCAAAAGAUCACUGAGGCUGUUAAGGUGGCAAUAAGUGCCGGUUACAGGCACUUCGAUUGUGCUUACGUGUACGAGAAUGAAGAAGAGGUCGGGGCUGGGAUUUGUGCCAGGAUUGACGAAGGAGCAGUCAAGAGGGAGGAUCUAUUCAUCGUCAGUAAGUUGUGGUGCACCUGCCACCUUCCAUCUCUGGUGAGGGGAGCCUGUGAGAAGUCACUCAGUGACCUGAAACUGGACUACCUGGACCUUUACCUCAUGCAUUUCCCUAUGGGAUUCAAGACAGGUGAUGUGCUUUUUCCAUUUGAUGAGCAUCAACAGAUCAUUUCUGAUGGCAGCAACUUCUUGGACACCUGGGAGGCCAUGGAGAAGCUGGUGGACGCUGGGUUGGUCAAAGCUAUCGGAAUCUCCAACUUCAACAAAGACCAGAUUGAAUCCAUUUUCAACAAGCCAGGCCUCAAGUACAAGCCUGCCAACCACCAGAUUGAGUGCCACCCGUUCCUGACCCAGGUGAAGAUGAUCAACUACUGCCAGUCAAAGGGCAUCUCAGUAACCGCCUACUCCCCCCUGGGAUCCCCAAACAGAUCCUGGGCUUUACCUGAUGAGCCCAUUCUGCUGGACGAACCUAAGAUCAAGGAUAUUGCUAAGAAGUACAACAAGACUCCAGCACAGGUUCUCAUGAGGUUCCACGUCCAGAGGAACACGAUUGUCAUUGCGAAGUCAGUGACGCCCUCUCGGAUCAAGGAAAAUUUCCAGGUGUUUGACUUUGAGUUGAGUGAAGACGACAUGAAGACCAUGAUGAGCUUCCACGAGUGGAGAGUGUUCAAAUCAAGAUGGGCCUCAAAGCACAAAGACUUCCCCCUGAAUACAGAAUACUAGCUCAUCAGACAACACGCUGCGCCAUUUCUGCCUCGCAUCAACUACUGAGCUUUCUUUUUUAUUCAAAAUCGACACGCUGCGUUGUCAAAACUACUACCCGACAAAUGUGAUCAAGCCUGAAUUAUGUUGCCAAGCUUCUACUGAACCAUUUUUGUAUAAUGCUCGCUAUAGAAAGAAAUGAUUUAAUGAAAGUACUGGAUACGUAGGUUGUGUGGAAUUAACUUUGUAGAGAAGAUAAAUGUGUGGGGCAAUACCUGACUGUUGAACGUGAUCACUAUAAAUGCUGUGUAGUUACUGAAGCAGACUGCUCGCUGUGACCAUAGACUGUUUAUCUAUGGUUGUGACAAAGUAAGAAUACAAAGAAGGUUAGAGGUCAAGUACACAGACCUCAAUGAACCAGAAGUAAGUAGUAAAAUGAUUCUGCCAGAACCAAUUCAGUAUGAUUUUACUACAGUAAAACUAAACCGGCAGUAUAAAAAUAUUUGGGAAUAUGGCCCAACAUGAUGCAAAUUGCACCAAUUAGACAAUAAAAUAGAAACCAGAAAAA